CAGCAGCAGCAGCAGCAGCAGCAGCAGCAGCAGCAGCAGCAGCAGCAGCAGCAGCAGCAGCAGCAGCAGCAGCAGCAGCAGCAGCAGCAGCAGCAGCAGCAGCAGCAGCAGCAGCAGCAGCAGCAGCAGCAGCAGCAGCAGCAGCAGCAGCAGCAGCAGCAGCAGCAGCAGCAGCAGCAGCAGCAGCAGCAGCAGCAGCAGCAGCAGCAGCAGCAGCAGCAGCAGCAGCAGCAGCAGCAGCAGCAGCAGCAGCAGCAGCAGCAGCAG